UAGCUAUAGAAUGGUUAUGUAAUGAACGUUUUUCUCCUCCCCACAGACUGUGCUGCAGGAGUGGUCGAGGGCGCUGCACCUGGCCACCGAGGGUCUCAUCUUUCUCAGAUCAGCAACUAUCGUCUUGCCUUCUGAGUUGUCAGGCCGCUCGUGCAGCCCACCCAUGUCCCCAGACCCCCCGCCACCGCCCACUCAGGCGCCGCACAUCAGGGUGGCGCCGCCCCACCUGGUGUUCGGGGAGGCGCCCUGGACGCAGCAGAGUGAAGGCUGCGGGCGAAAAGGAGAUUUUAUCCAAUUCGGAGUCGGGUUUUUGCAAUCAGCAAAUACUUCCGCCCAUCACGCCACACGGGCCGCCGGCGUCCUCGUUGGAGAGUGGGCCAAGUACCGCUGGGGGCUUUUCUCCGAGACGGGCUAUCCGGGGGACCAACUGUACCUGGCAUGGUAUCGUCAGGGGAUGCGCUGGACUGCCACCGUAUGCACUGAUGUGAGGGGCGGUCUUCCCACCUGCCCCGUUGACCACCCCCACCACUGCAACGAACCCAUCACCGCCCAUGAGAACGCCACCUCUUCCCUGCUCUCCUUCCCUCAUCUGCCCCAGGUGACCAAAUUCUGCAACAGUCGAACCCACAACAAGGAGGCGCCGACGAAGCAGAACGCCCUGUGUGGAGGACGCUCGGCCUGGGAGGUUAUGAAGGAACACGAGGACUUCAGAGACAGCGAGCGGAGCCCCAGCCUCGCCCAGCCCCCGCCGCCGCCCGUGCUGCACUUCAUCUGGCAGCCGACGCAGAGGUUCGUCCUGCUGGUUGAGGACACCGCCGUCAUGAACGUUCAGCGUCGCUGGGAGUUCGUGCGGAAGGCGGUGCGUCGUGUGGUGGUGUACGACCUGCCGAACGGUGCCGAAGUGGCGGUAGUGGUGUUCAACGCGAAGGAUAAAGCAGCGGCUCCUCUCUCAACAGUGCUGGAGUCGACAACCUCAGACCUGCGUGAGAGAGUGGGGUCGUCGCUGCCGAGGAACCCGUCGAACGUAGGGGAGAGCCAAGCCUGCAUCCCCUGCGGCAUCAAGGGAGCCAUCAACGUUCUCAAAGAAGGAGGAGCCUCGCCACAAGCUGCCAACAUAGUGCUGCUAACGAGCGGCGGCAAGGGGCGGAAGGCACAAGUGGAAGAUGUGCGUCGUCUGGUCCAUAAGUACGGCCUGAGGCUCCAGUUGGUGCUGUACCCCCUUGCGGAGCGCCCUGGCUUGCCUGCUCCCCCGCACGCCCUGGUCCCCGUAGCCAGGGAAUCCGGGGGCCGCGUCUUCACCGUGAUGGACGAGGGCGUGGGGAAUGACUCCAAGGUGAGCAUGCUGGUGUCGCUCAUGGAGGCUCUAACCGCCGCCGUCGCUGCGGGCGGGGCCACCACCCCCGUGCUCAUUCACAGCGCCACCUACCAAGGAGGCAUUGCGUCCCUCAGCACAGGGACAUUUUCCCUCGAUGACUCCCUGGCGGCCAACGCUCGCUUCGCCGUCUACUACUACGACCUGAACCACGUGGGCAACACCAUCCACCUCACCUCACCCUCGGGCGCCACCUUCGCCUCCGUCAACAUGCAGGAAGAAGACGGCGACGUCAACAUGAUCUUCGUUAAUCUGCACAACGCUGAGCGCGGUGAGUGGCUCUACAAGGUGGAGAACCGAGCCGACUCCCACCAGGCGCUCCACAUCCAGGUGACGUCACUGCCCAGCGCCAACAAUGACGUGAUGGUGCGCGUGUGGACCAAUCAGGACUCCCAGACUGUUAUCGACGUGGAGGAUCACCGCCCCAUUAUUAUUUAUGGAGAAGUCAAGCUUCGCGGCGCAGCGGUGAUAGACGCAGCUGUGAAGGCGAAGCUGCAGCGGCUCGGCACGAAUGCAACGGGCGGCACGUACCCGGAGAUCCACGUGCCCCUGCUGGACCUGGGUACUGGCGACCCCGACAUCACUCGCGGGGACGGUGUGUACUCCCGCUACGCCCCCCCUCUGGACGGCCCCGCACGCUACGCCGUCGAGCUGUCUGUGGAUGCAGGUCAAGCCGUGCUUGCUGUCGCUCAGACCCACGAUCACGACGUGCGCCACCACCGACACUCGUUUACCAAGGAGCUGGCCUUCGGAAGCUACGGGGACAACAUAUCCUGCUGUGGGAGCGUCGUGCCUUACGCUCGCUCUCGUACUCGUGAAUCACCGCCCUUCACACGCCAGGUUACGGGACCCACGCUCGACAUCCGCAAGGAGCACGUGCUUAAUAGAGACCUGAUUGCCCCUGCCAAAAUCAUGGACUUGGUGGCCUGGGUGAACCGUUCCAGUGGCCUCGUGGUGUUGGAAUGGACCGCAGUGGGUGAUGACAGAGACUGGGGCCGCGCCAGCUCCUACGAGGGGUACGUGGCGUCCAGCAAGUCCCAGGCUGCCCUCAAGUGCACUGGGGAAAGGAUCCGUGGUCUGCCCGGCCCGUCCCCCGCCACGCACAAAGAGAAGGCUACUGUGGCCCUUGUUGUCCACGAGAAGAAGGUCCUGUGGGUGUGCAUGCGGGCGGUGGACAGACAAGGCAACAAGGGACCUGCCAGCAACCCUGCGGCGCUGUGGCUGCCUCGCCCUCCCUCCACGGACCAGGUCACCAUCAGGGCGCGAGGACCAGGCAUUGGCGGCUAUGGCUCGGAUGCAGGCAUGGUGGGCAGCGAGAAGGCAGCAGUAAUCAGUGGCUGCGUGGGCGGCCUCCUCCUGGUUGUGUUCUUGGUGGCCACCUACUGCUUCUGUUUGCCUUCCACCCUCAAGCGGCGCCUCAACAGACGGCGGCAACCUCCUGAAGAUCCUGAGAAGGCCGCCACCAGCAUGGUCAACGGCGGAAGUGUUGUGGUCAAGUCGACUUCUCGCGGCAGCGUUCUCGUCAAUCCAGAUCCCGAGCCGUCGCACAGGGACACGACUGACCUGACGGGCACUCCACCUGAGAACAGGAACCUCCCAAGCAGGACACCAGAACCACAACCCGCCCUGUGCGAAUCAGUGCGGAUGGAGCAGGGACCGCCAUCUUCCCCUUCUCGUCAAAAUGGAGAUGGCGAAGAUCUUCAAGGAAUCAGGGGUCUUUCCAUGUCCAUUCCUGAUGUGACCAAGGUGGAACGAAACUCCCACCUGAUGGACGACAAGCCCAGCCUGCCCCACGUACCCGCUCCCCAGUUCUACACCCUUGGUCGCCACACUCGCUCCGCCAACCGCAGCCCUCUACGCGGCCCCAACGGCCACGUCUACGAGCAGACCGAGAUGAGCCCCUACGAGCAGCAGCAGCAGCAAAUAAGGUACUCCGUGGGCGCUCCGCAAUAUUUCAGCGUCGUCCGUCCACAUCAAAAGUCGGCGUCGCAAGAGACUUACAGCGACGACGAUACUCACUUCUCUGACCAGCUGUUGUGCGAUGACCGGGGCACCUCUCCGCCUCCACCGGCCCCCGCCGACCACACGCACACUUACAGCAACAUGCACAGGCACUCUGCUGCACUCUUAUAGGAUGUCCUCUCGCGACAUGUUCUCAGUCACGACAAACUCAAUUGGAGGUGCUCAGUGUGAGAAAAAGGAAGGCAUAUGUACAUAAUGUGAUGAAAGAUACAAUUGACAAUCACUAAGGGUGAUGUCACCACAGCGGACACGAUGAGAAAACUUGUAUGCUGGUGUCAGAAUGUGGUCCUGUGUUCCGAUGAACCACAGAAGAGAAAUCUUGUUGGAAGGACAUCGGUCAUAUCAUUAUACAGUAUCCUUCGUUAGAUGAUACGCCAAGUGUAUGUUACAGUUCCAUAUCGUGGAUGUGCUGAAGUGAUAUUUGCUCAAGCUGGCGGAGACUGCCAGCUCAGUCACCUGUGCGAGUGGACUACCCAUCCUUGCCGUAUGAGUUUUGCCAAGACUAAUGUUAAACACAAGUUGUCCACUUUUCUAUGUCUCAAUUUUUUAUUGGUAUUUUCCUAUCGUGAAAAAAGAAAAAAAAAAUGUGUCGCUUGACAACCAGUCAUUUACUCUCGAAACUUUGUUUCAGAUUGUCUUGUCGCUUGCUAUUUGGACGCUCCCAAAAGUAUUUGCUAUUCUGUGUAUAAUUAUCGUCAUUAUGUCCUUGAUAUUUUUCAUUCCUAGCUCCUUCUUUGCCUUUUGCCAUUUCUUUUCAUUCUUUUCCCACUUUGUCAAAAUCUGAGUCAACAACACAUGAAAAUCUUAUCAUUAUCACAAGGAAAAUGCUAUUUGCUGAUGUUUUUUUAAGUAGUAUACAUUUUAUACAUUUUUUUUUAUUCUCAAUUCAGACACAAAUCUGUUUUUUUUUUUUUUAAUUAGUAUACAUUAUAUACUUUUUUUUUUUCUCUCUCUCUCUAUUCAGACAAAUCUAAGAGCGGGUAACCAGUUGCUAUGGAUCACUGUAUUCGUUCACUGUCAUCCGAGUUUGAGCGAAUCACUGUGUCGCUGCGUGGCCUCCUCCCUCCUCCACACCUCCCUUGCGGUGACGCACAUGGGCUGUGUGGUAGAAAAUAGAGGGAUCGGUUUUGGAAAGUAUGAUAUGGAACAAGGCGAAAAAAUCUUUCGACGUUUUUUAAUCAUUAAUAAAGAUUGAUGAGGGUGGAGCAGCGAGGUGACAUGGAGCAACAAAUGAUGCUUUGAUGGGAGCAACAGAGGAGACCAGUGAUUGGGGUCCAGCAGAGUGAGCAGCUAAUGGGAUCGAUCACAAGGAAACAUCUUUUGUUUGAAAAUCGACAUUUGAGGCGAAAGGAGGCCAGGUUCAUCCACGCCAGGACACAGUCACCGUCAUUCCAGAAGACAAUAAAGGCAAACUACGUGACUUGGAAGUUGCGCCAGAGAACAGUGACAAAGUGAUAUCUUGAGCAUCUCAUGAUUGCACAAAGUACGCAUAUUCCUAUAACAGUUAUGAGGACAUAUCAGUGUUAUACAUACAUAUCAGUAACUUUAGCUGUUCAAUGUAGCAUAUACUUACGUUGACUGUGUCAUUGUUGUCUUAGUUGUAAUUGUUUCUGUUGAGCAUCACUGCGGAAAGAGGCGGCGGUCCGCUGGCCAGGUGGCGUGGCCCGCGGCAGGUCAGGGCACCCAGAAAUGACCUUCGUAGUGUUUACUGUACUUGUAGUCUUAAUGAAAGACCUUUUUACACUCAAGUUUGUACACCUGUGAUGUAGUUUAUUUGGUGUUGUGACGACCCGCAGCGGUGUCCAGUGACGCCCUGUGAUGGAGGUCGAAUGUGGUGUAGUGUUAAGAGUCACUCUUGCAGUGAUUAUAUUCUCAAGUCUCAUGUUCUUUUGAGAAGUAACAUAGUUUAUCACCAACUUGUUCCCUUAAUCACAUCUGUAUGGGAGUAUAAGGAAAAGAUAUAUUGACACUGGGGAAGACUGACCACUGAGAUACAGUAGAUAAAUCUUUCAGUCUUACCAGCCACCGUGUAGACAAGGACCAACAUCACACCCUCACCUAGCCUCGCCAGGAAUGGAAAGCAACACUGACUAAACGAAACAGUAAAGUUUAGACAUGGCUAAAGUUCAGUCACACACACACACACACACACACACACACACACACACUUUUGCAAUUUUCAGAAUUAUAAUUAGAAUUUUUUUCCAUUGACAUGGAAUCAGUAAAAUUUAAGUACAAGUACAAUGAACAUGUAUUUUGUAUUAACCCCAAAAAAUAUCAACUGAUAAACUUUUUAACUUAACAUGGCCAGUGCCAAAAUGUGCGGUAGGGCGUGCCGGUGUGGUGGAGGCAGUGUUGCGGGUGUGUGUGGCGCGGGAAGGCUCCUCGAGGCACCUUCCGCCACACCUCGCAUCUUGCACCCUUUAUAUAUAUAUAUAUAUAUAUAUAUAUAUAUAUAUAUAUAUAUAUAUAUAUAUAUAUAUAUAUAUAUAUAUAUAUAUAUAUAUAUAUAUAUAUAAUGGUGUUAAUGCGUAUAAUUUGAUACUUUCUGCAUAUAGUAUGCCGUAAGGUUAGAUAAUGUACAUAUGAAAGAGUGAACGUUGAUACCGUCGUGGCAUAUACAGUAUAUUACGUGACAGUAUCACUAUAUAAAUAAAUACUCCAAAAAUACUCUUCGCGCAACACUUUUGUACAUAUAUUUUUGUUUCAGUCCCAGACAUCGACAAUCGGUGGCGGCCAGCAGAGAACGUGGCGUGGUAGUGUGUGUGUGUGUGCGUGUGUGUGUAUGUGUGUGUGUGUGUGUGUGUGUGUGUGUGUGUGUGUGUGUGUGUGUGUGUGUGUGUGUGUGUGUGUGUUAUUGUGUUACACUCGUGUA